ACUGAGCAUGCCCAGUUGCAGAGCCGACCAGAGGAGUUUUUUUCUUUUCUUUUCUUUUCUUUUUCUUUUUUUGGGGGGGUAUCAAGUAAGAGGUCUCACCCCCACCUCCACCCCGGCCCCCCACCAACCCCGGCCUGAGCAGCUACCAUGGCCGAGGUCCCCGGCGCGGCGUUGUCCCAGGCGGGUUGGUAUCUUUCAGAUGAAGGCAUUGAAGCUUGCACAAGUUCUCCUGACAAAGUCAGUGUAAAUGACAUCAUCCUGAUUGCUCUCAAUACAGAUCUGAGAACAAUUGGCAAGAAAUUCCUCCCGAGUGACAUCAAUGGUGGAAAGAUAGAAAAGCUUGAAGGUCCAUGUGUUUUGCAAAUUCAAAAAAUUCGCAAUGUUGCUGCACCAAAGGAUAAUGAAGAAUCUCAGGCUGCCCCAAGGAUGCUGCGAUUGCAGAUGACUGAUGGUCAUAUGAGUUGCACCGCAGUGGAAUUUAGUUAUAUGUCAAAAAUAAGUCUGAACACACCACCUGGAACUAAGGUUAAGCUCUCAGGCAUUAUUGAUGUAAAAAAUGGAUUUCUACUCUUGAAUGACUCUAAUACUACAGUUCUUGGCGGUGAAGUGGAACACCUUAUUGAGAAAUGGGAAUUACAGAGAAGCUUAUCAAAACAUAAUAGAAGCAAUAUUGGAACCGAAGGUGGACCACCUCCUUUUGUGCCUUUUGGACAGAAGUGUGUAUCUCAUGUCCAAGUGGAUAGUAGAGAACUUGAUCGGAGAAAAACAUUGCAAGUUACAAUGCCUGUCAAAGCUACAAAUGAUAAUGAUGAAUUUGAAAAGCAAAGGACUGCUGCUAUUGCAGAAGUUGCCAAGAGCAAAGAAGCCAAGACAUUUGGAGGAGGUGGUGGCAGUGCUAGAAGUAAUCUCAAUAUGAGUGCUUCUAGUAACCGAUACAGGGAAGUUUUACCAAAAGAAAAGUCAAUCAAAUCAGAGGCAAAACAUGAAGGUGUUUAUAGAGAACUGGUUGACGAGAAGGCUCUGAAGCAUAUAACAGAAAUGGGCUUCAGUAAGGAAGCUUCAAGGCAAGCUCUUAUGGAUAAUGGCAACAACUUAGAAGCAGCAUUGAAUGUACUUCUUAACAGCAAUAAACAGAAACCUGUUAUGGGUCCACCUCUGAGAGGUAGAGGAAAAGGCAGGGGGCGAAUAAGAUCUGAAGAUGAAGAAGACCUGGGAAAUGGAAGGCCAUCAGCACCAAGUACAUUGUUUGAUUUCUUGGAAUCUAAAAUGGGAAAUUUGAGUAUGGAAGAACCUAAGUCACAGCCUCAGCAGCUUCAUCAGGGACAACAUAGAGUGUCAAAUACAGAUCAAAACGGAGUAAAAGAAAAUAAUCAACCAAGACAUCUUCCUCGAAAUGAUACCAGGCAGCCAAGAAAUGAAAAACCACCUCGUUUUCAAAGAGACCCCCAAAGUUCAAAGUCCAUUUUGGAAGGCAGUGGGUUACCUAGAAAUAGAGGUUCUGAGAGACUGAAUACUUCUUCAGGAUCUGAAGUAUGGGCUGAAGAGAGAGUCAGGUGUGAUAGACCAUACUCUAGAUAUGACAGAACUAAAGAUACUUCUUAUCCUUUAGGUUCUCAGCACAGUGAUGGUGCUUAUAAAAAAAGAGAUAACUCUAUGCAAAGCAGAUCAGGAAAAGGUCCUUGCUAUGCAGAGGCAAAAGAAAAUCCACUUCCUCAAGAAUCCGUAGAUUAUAAUAAUCAAAAACGUGGAAAAAGAGAAAACCAAACAGCUAAUCCUGACCAUUUCUAUGAUAGGAAAUCACGAACAAUCAGUAAUGAAGUUUUCAGUGGUAUAAAAAUUGAAAAACAUUUUAAUGUAAAUACUGAUUACCAGAAUCCUAUUCUGAGUAAUAGUUUCAUUGGUAUUCCAAAUGGAGAGACAGAAAUGCCACUGAGAGGAAAACGAGUAGGACCUAUUAAGCCAGCAGGACCUGUCACAGCUAUACCCUAUGACAAUAAAGUAUUUUAUAAUAGUGGUCCCAAAAGGAGAUCUGGGCCAAUUAAGCCAGAAAAAGUACUAGAAUCAUCUAUUCCUAUGGAGUAUACAAAAAUGUGGAAACCUGGAGAUGAAUGUUUUGCACUUUAUUGGGAAGACAACAAGUUUUACCGAGCAGAAGUUGAAGCUCUCCAUUCCUCAGGCAUGACAGCUGUUGUUAAAUUCAUUGAUUAUGGAAACUAUGAAGAGGUGCUACUAAGCAAUAUCAAGCCCAUUCAAACAGAGGCAUGGGAGGAAGAAGGUACCUACGAUCAGACCCUAGAGUUCCGUAGAGGAGGUGAUGGCCAGCCACGACGAUCCACUCGGCCAACUCAGCAGUUUUACCAACCUCCCCGGGCUCGGAACUAGCAUUAAAAGAGUCUUUGUGAAGAAAGGAGCUGUUGACUGAAAUGUCCUGGUCAAAAUCUGUUGAUAGACUUUACACUCUCCCUUCAGAAUAAGCAGCAGUCAUGGUGGAUAUUAGUAUAUGAAGAAAGAAAAAGCAGAUGUCAGGUGGAAAAAAAUUCAGCCACAUAAAGAAUGGGAAAAAAUAUUGAAUUAAAUAAAGGAAAUACCUUUUACAAAUGGAAGAAUUUUUUCUUCUGCCAUAAAUAAAACCAUUGUGCUAUUAUAUACAUUGUUUUA